AUGAAGAGCAGCCUAUAUCUGUCACACUUUCUCUUCUCCUUUGAGAAGUACUUCUUCACUGACUUUGCCAAAAUAUUGGCAUGGACAGACAAGUAUGCCAACACGGAGGAAGCUAUGGCCUUCCAUCUUUCUUGCAUUCCUUACUUUGGAUACGCCACACUGUACCCACAAAGAGCUCAUGAUGGCCCAAUAGCCCUCCUCGAAAGUUUGAAAGGAGCAACUUACCAACACCUCGUCAAUAUGAUCUUCAAGGAGCAAAUUGGCCAAAACAUGGAGGUGUAUGUCGACGACAUACUCGUGAAAAGACGAGCAAUAGGGCAGCACAUGGACGACCUAGAGAAAAUGUUUUGCGACCCUCGAAAG